GUAUCCGGUUGUGGUUGAAUAGCUUUUUGGUUGCUUGUUUACCUUUCAGAUGUGUUAAAUAUAUUUUCUUUGGUUUUAUGCAAAUAUUUUAUUCAUUCGGUAACAGCUGUACAAAACCCAGUGUCAGAAUGACAUCUCUGUGAUUGAAAUAGCUGUUAAAAAAACUUUUUUUUGACAGGACAUAGGUUAAGACUAGCUAACGUUAGCUAGCUAGGGAACUGGAGUUACAGUGCAGACUGACUGAAUUGCAAACAACAGAAGUCAGGGCAUGUUACGUUUUUAACACAUUUUUGUUUAACUGUACAAGCCCUGGUCAAAACAAACACUCGACUUCAGGAGAAAAAUGAAUAUUCUACCUAAAAAGAGCUGGCAUGUUCGCAACAAGGACAACGUCGCGCGCGUGCGUCGGGACGAGGCACAAGCCGCAGAAGAGGAGCAAGAGGUCCAACGCCGUGUGGAGCGAGCAGAGCAGGAGGCGCGAACAGAGCACCUGAGACAGAAGUCACGAGCUGCACUUCAACAGUCUGGAGGAUGGAAGGAUGAAGGAGAGGGAGGUGAGAGAGGAGGGGAGGGGAGUGGAGGAGUGGUGGAACACCUCAAUCUAUUUCCUCUGGAGGAGUCGUCUGGGAAGAAAGGAAACGCAGAAUACCUCAAAGACCAGAAAGAUGAAAAGGAGCGUGAGGAGCGUGCUAUUGGUCUGCUAGUGUCCCUAGGCCCCCAACCUGGGACAGAGGUAACUCCAUGGUACAUGAAAACAGGCCAUGAAGAAGAGAAAGAUGAAGAAAAGGAGAAAGAGAAAGACAACAAAGGAAAGAGACUGCCACUCAGUCAAGAGGAGAAGGAGAAGAGAGACAGACGACUGAAAGACAUGCUGGACCCCUUGAAAGAGAUGAAGAAAGCACUGGCGGUGAAGGAUAGAAAAGAACAUAAGAGUAAGGAGAAGAGGGAUAGAGGGGAGAGGAGAAGCAGUGGUGGAGAAAGCUCUAUUGAAAGGUUGCGAGCGGAGCGACUGCAGAGAGAGGCGGAGGAGAAGAGGAGAGCCCAGGCCUUGCUGGACCAGAUGAAUGGAACAGGGAAAGAGAAGGAGCGACCAAGGGAGACAGAGGAGAGGGAAAUGCCGUACAACAGUGCUUAUUUCCCAGAGCUGGCCCGCAAGAGGCAGAGGAAAGACCGCAAUGCCUGGAGAGAUGGCAUCUUUUGAAGUCAUACAUCAUGCAGUCUCAUUGUUUGGGCAACAGACACAGAACAUUGAGGCAUUCAAGAUACAUUUAUUAGUAUGUGAAAGACACCGAAGACGUCGACAAGGACUAGAGAGCCUGGAAGGUUAUUCAGUUGUAUUGUUGUGAAACGUGAGCCAGUGCUUUUAGCUUAUUCUUGCAGUAACAUGGAGUUAUGCGUGUAGGCAUACACUGUAGGUUGUUGAACUAGUGAAGAUGUGUACAAAAAUAGC